AUGGGAUCUGUUGAAUCAAGAGAAAGCCAAAUAAAAGGUCAAAUCUUUAUUUCUCUCGAAUCAAAUAACACAAAUCCAGGUGGAAUAUUUCGGGGUAGCAUUCAUGUUUCGCUCUUAGAACAGAUAAAUAAUCCUGCUCUUUAUCUUGUCUUCAAAGGCAACGAAAUAACUGACUUCAAAAUACAACAUAAUGGGAAAACAACUUAUUACUCUCAGCAUAAAGGUAAAAACUUGCUAUGUGCUUUAAAAGCAACAUUAUAUGAAUGGCCAGACAAGAUUGCUCUUCCAGGAAAUUUCAGCUUUCCUUUUGAAUUGCAAACUUAUAAUAAUUUGCUUCCUAGCUUCUAUACAUCAGCUCUAUGGGGCGGAUUUUGCCAAAUCAGCUACUCGAUUCGUGCUCAAUUGCGUGCUGAUGACAGGCAACCUUUAAAAUUUAAGGAGCCAGUUUUUAUAAUUACAGAUAUAAUCAGUUUACCUCCAGAGAUGUAUCCAAAUAGCCUCGAGAAGGAUUGUUCAGGAAGUGGAGGUCUGAUUUGCUGCUUUAGCAAUGAGGAUGCAGUAACAAAAAUUACAAUAGAAAAAGGGAUACUUGGAUUUUCUGAUUCUAUCGAAAUUAAUUUAGAAACAAAUUUAACUACAUUUUCAGCAUAUAUUAGCAGAGUUAAAAUUGAAAUUAAAAAAAUCAUCACAAUGACAGCAAAUAAAAAAAAUCCACAAGUUGCAACUCAAACUAUUAGCAUGCUAAAAUUAAAUGAAAAGCCAAAGAUUAUGGCUCGGUCAGGAACUCAGCACUUUAAUUAUAAAAUCCCUAUACGGGAAAUAUUGAAAAAUGAAAAUAGCUGCACUUGAAAUACACCACUAAUUAAAUGCCAUUUUGUGAUGAAUAUUAAAUUACAUACAAAGACUUUUAGCUGAAGAUGCUAUGUAUUUAACGAAGCAAGUCAAGGGAUAGUAAUUCUGCCAUUCGAAAUACAAAUCCCAGCUUCGUCACCUCCAAUUGCUCCAGAACAUUGGCAAGCCCAACUUUUACCUCAAUCUUAUAUUAAGCCUGGAAACCAAGGUUUAGGAAAUCCAGAUCACUCAAUUGUGGAGUCUUUUGCAUUGGCAAGCCAUACCAAGUCUUUAGACAAAGAUAAUCAAAAUUAUAUAUAA